AUGCCACUAGAUCUGGUGGGGAAGCUGCACCGUACGGUCUACAUUGAAGGCUGCCCGUCGACGGUGCGGGAGGAUCUUUUGCGAUUACUUGUGACAAAAUGUGGCGCCAUCGAGGGCUGGGAUGUCACGGGCGAGCGGCUCAUCGUCGUGUUUAGAAGCAUGAACAGCAUCAGCACCGCCAUCACGUUUAACGGCACAGCCUUUGGUGAUCUGACGAGCAAACUGUUUUUGUGGGUGGCCACCGAGUCACCUCCAGCGGGGGUGGCACAGCAGCUGGCCAUUGCAGACGGGAGCGGUGCCGCAAGAGGCGGUUCGCGUACUGCGGAGGAAUUGAAGUCCGCACGGGAGCGACGUGAAAAACGACUAGCCGCCAUCCGUUCAGAACUGGCGCCCGAGAUUGAGAUUGCGCAGAGCAUGGAGAGCGACGAGACGAGGCGGUUGAAUCUCUGCGUGAGGCAGCUCAAGGCCCUCGGGACGCUUACCAGCCACGCUCUUGUUGAGGCUGAGCAAAAACUAGAGGAUAUCUCCACGCACCUGGGUGCUUCGCAGAGGCUACUGGAGAGCCUGCGCGCGAAAAAGCUUGCCAAGACGAUGGCUCUGUCCACCGGGCAUGCGGACACCCCUGAUACCGCCACAGCGACUAGCGCCGCAGCUGACCUCCCUGGAGUGUUGGGCGAACGCGAAGAUGUGGAAGAAAGUGUAAAAGCGAUGGUGGCCAAAGCGGAAGAUAUCGGCCAGUGGCGGAAGCACUCUCGAGGAAGUUGA